UCCCCUCCUUUUAACAAAACAGGAGAGGAGUAGCAGCAGAGGCGAAACGAGACUCGGAUUCUGUCGCUCAUCACCGUGCGAAUCUCUCCCCCUCACUCCCGUCCCGACUUCUCCUUGCUUCUUCGACAGCGUGAAGAGGAAGCAACGAACCGAGAGAGACGAGGAGAUGGUCGGGUUUGCGCGAGGUGCUAAGGCUUUCUAGGGUUCUCCUGGAACGCAAACAGAGAGAGAGGAAGAGAGUUUGUCUUAGCUAUGCAAACGGAGGCGGCGGCGGCGGCGGCAGACGGGAGGCUCCACCACCACGUGGGGUCAGCCAGAGCGCACCUUUCGACGUGCUCCCAGUCGCUCAACUCAGCCAGCGGUCUCGAUCGCGCCGGCGUCCGAAAGUUUUCUCAGUCCGUCCAGCAGUCGCAGAUCGGCACUGUCUCCCAGCUUCUCGCAGGUGGAAUUGCUGGUGCCGUCAGCAAGACCUGCACCGCGCCUCUCGCCCGUCUCACUAUCCUCUUUCAGGUGCAAGGUAUGCACUCUGAUGUUGCUACUCUAAGCAAGGCUAGCAUAUGGCGUGAGGCUUCUCGCAUUGUUUAUGAGGAAGGAUUUAGAGCAUUUUGGAGGGGAAAUCUGGUUACAAUAGUUCAUCGCCUUCCUUACUCAUCUAUCAGUUUUUAUACAUAUGAGAAAUAUAAAAAUUUGCUGCAGUCAAUUCCUGGAUUGGAAAAACAGAGGCAAAGUGUAACUGCAGACCUUUUUGUACGCCUUGUGGGUGGUGGCUUGUCAGGAAUAACAGCAGCUUCUAUGUCAUACCCACUGGACCUUGUUAGAACACGGCUAGCUGCCCAGACCAAUGUAAUGUACUACAGAGGCAUAUCACAUGCACUUUACACCAUUUGCAGGGAUGAGGGCAUUAGAGGGCUAUAUAAAGGGAUGGGUGCUACUCUCCUGGGAGUAGGUCCUAGUAUAGCCAUUAGCUUUUGUGUUUAUGAAACUCUGAGGUCUUCAUGGCAAUUACAACGGCCAAAUGAUUCUCCUGUCCUUGUCAGCCUGGCUUGUGGAAGUCUCUCAGGCAUUGCAUCGUCAACAGCAACGUUCCCUCUUGAUCUGGUGAGGCGACGGAAGCAGUUAGAAGGUGCUGGCGGUCGAGCUCGUAUUUAUAAUACAGGUCUAUUUGGGACAUUUAGACACAUAGUGCGGACUGAAGGCUUCCGAGGAUUGUACAGAGGAAUUCUUCCAGAAUAUUAUAAGGUUGUCCCAAGUGUUGGUAUCGUCUUCAUGACAUACGAGACGUUAAAAAUGCUUCUUUCUGAUGUUCACUUUUGAAGAUACGGUAUGUUGGACCAUCUGCGACCUUGAGUCUAGAUCUGCAUCUGUGUCCAUCCAUUGUGCUGUCAAGAGUCUGGUGCUAAGUCUAGAUAGGUUGGUGAGUUUUUUGUUGCAUCGAAGAAGCCCAUGGUAGUAAAUUUUGUGAUUCCUACCAUGAAGAGUACAUGUUAGUGUAUAGAUCCAAAUAUUGGCGUCUCACAAAUGUAUCAAUAGGUUUUGUUGUCAUUGAACUGACUAAUCUAUCAUUGAUUCUUCAUAGUUUCCUAUCA